CACAGCGUUGUUAUUCAAUUUUAAUUAAAAUGUAUUUGAAAAAAUACGUGUAUAUCGAUAAUAUACACCUACUAUUCACAAUGUAAAUAAAAACAUUAUUUAAUAUAUUUACCAAUAAUAAUUACCAAAUAAUAAUUUAAUAUUUGAUUGAACUUAAAGACAAUAAAGAUUUUCCUUGAUUGUGCACACAUGCCUUUCUCUCUUCAAUCGGACAAACUAUUUCAUAAAUAACGCGCGUUUAUUUUGUACAUACACCGUCUGUAAUCACAAGAAUACGAUGCGUUAUAUUUACUGUUAUCGAAUGUUUUUCUUUCUAUCGUAUUCAUUUUUUAAUCGCUUCUCCAGAUACACUAGUUGACUACCGACGUUCGCUUGUGCGAACUCAAAUUUCUUCGCCAUUACAGCUUUAUCCUUCAUCUCUGUGUCUUCUUGAUUCGCAGGUACGGGAUACAGCUCGGCCAAUUGGACGGUCCCGACCCUGCCGUCGUCUUCGCGAAUCGCCAUGUACUCCAGACGGCUGCGCUCCAUGACGUCGAGCGAGAGCGGUAGAAUCGGAUCAGGUCCUCGUCCCGAGACUUACGAUGGGAUCAAAGACGCAGACUCUCAGAGUUACUUGCCGCAGAACGCGGCUGUACAUUCGCCGCUACUGAGAUGUCCGCAGUGUGGACGAACGUACAAGAUGAAGCGCAAUCUGAGGACCCACAUGAGAUUCGAAUGCGGGGGUCAGAAGAAUUUUCGCUGUCACAUAUGCCCUUCCAGUUACACGCAGAACAUCAGUCUGCGCCGUCAUCUUAUGCAGCAGCACGGCAUUUAUCUGCCGCCGAAGUUCUCGAGCACCCGGAAGGUGAGGCGAACACAUCGCGCCGAACAAAAUACAAUUUACUAGAGAACAAUAGCUCCACGAGCACCGGAUUUACCUGUCAUCAGUGCAACAGAUCGUAUCAGUUGAAGCACAAUCUAAUGAGGCAUUUGAGAUUCGAAUGCGGCGAACAUAAGCACUUCGCGUGCUCGCUGUGCCCGCAGAGAUAUCGGCAGAACGUGAAGUUGCGGCAACACAUGAUAAACGUUCACAACAUCUUCGUGCCACCGCAAACAAGUCGACGAUCUUUCAUAUGCCAAGCGAGCUCUCUGAAUCUUAAUAAUGACAAAUGAACACGAAAUGUGUACUACGCACAAUCUACAUAUCGAUUAUGUAUUCUCGUGUACAUCACACAGAAAAAGUCUCGACGAUAAAAAAACGCGACAUUUGUUCGACUAACGAAGUUUAACACGAACAUUAAUCCCUUUAUGAAACGCAUGGUGUGAAAUAGACAUGCAUAUUUGUAUUUCGUAUGUUUCUCUGUAGGAAGAUUACUGAUAUUGAAUUUUACAUGACGUUGACUAACAAUAAUCACUAAUCUUUAGCUUUAUUCGUGGCAGGAUAAUUGCAUCUCUCAGUAACAUGAUCGAUUACUUCUUUCUUAACCCGUUUUUUCUUUCAGUUCAACGUUAUAAAUUUUCUUUGUUUCCCAAAACUACGAUAAUUAAUAAAUUACAUUGCUCUGUAAAAAUAAAAUAUGUUUCUCUAUACCUACUGAUAGAUUAUUCAUUCAGAAUGAAAAAAAUGAUAUUUAAGGUCUAUAAAAAAAAAAAAAAACGCAAAGUGAUGCGCUUACGAAGCAAUUUUCGCGCGCGCUCGCGCGAUUGACUUGAGGUCGAUAUUUAGGAAUAUUUUAUAUAUUAUUAAAAAAAUAAAUGUAACGCACGCAGUAUACAAUCUCGAGGUUUUCUCUUUCUCCAAAAGUAGCUUGUAUUUUCUUUUCAGUAUCUGUCUUGUUCGGAAAAAAUCUCCGAUUGCGGAAUGAAAAAAUGACGCACGAUUACAUUCUUGAACCAACACGAGGAUAAUUUUUUUCGCUAACGUAAUUUAAUACUCACGUUUAGAUCUCGACGUGUAAAACGGAUCUCGUUACGAAAAAGUUAUGCGACAACAAUUUUAAGAAUCUAAUCCUGCUGUCAUUCGCGUUUUUAUUCGACAUAAACAGCUAUAAAACUUCGAAAUGACUCUCUCUCUCUCUUUCUCUCUUUUUCUUUGAAUGAACGAAAUGCAACAACGAUCGUUCACGUAAGUAUUGAAAGUUUCUGUGUUACACGUAAGUAACGUGUCACGCACAAAACAAUCUACGAGAGACGACAUUUCUAUUCGAGACGGAAUAUAAACAGGACGGCACGAUUUGCCACAGCGAUCGCUUCGAGGUCUAUCAACCAGACUUUAUUAAACGUUGUAGAACGAGCAGAAGAUCGGUGAGCAAUUCUCGUUUCGCGUACGGCGUACUGAUCAGCGCACGAACGUUGUUUUGUUUUCAGAUUGCGAGAAUCUACGUUCGCUC